AACAAACAAAGACCCAAAAAUAUGUAUCGGUACCUCUCUCCCUCUCAUACUCUCUGACCCUGACUCUCUCUCUCUCAUCAAUCAUCCACAAGCCCAGUAAUGGCUCCAAACCCGAAUUCCCAUCUGGGUUUCACUCUUCUGUUUCUCAUCUUCUUCUUUAUCGCCGCGACCUCUGUCUCCGACGCAGACGACAGGCCCACUGUUUACGAGAUACUCCCUGAAUUCGGACUCCCGAGCGGCCUCUUACCGGACUCGGUCACCAACUACACACUCCAAGAUGAUGGAACUUUCUUCGUCGGUUUGGAGAAGGCUUGUUACAUCCAGUUCGAGUACUUGGUGUACUACGAGGAGGAAAUUACUGGGAAGCUCAGUUAUGGGUCCAUCUCGGACUUGAAGGGCAUUCAGGUCCAGAGAUUCUUCUUCUGGUUCGAUGUUGAUGAGAUCAAGGUGGAUUUGCCUCCCAAUGAUAAUAUUUACUUUCAAGUUGGGAUCAUCAAUAAGAAGCUCGAUGUUGAUCAGUUCAAGACUGUUCAUUCUUGCCGCAAAGGCUUGGGCUCCUGUCGCAAUUGGUUGAAAGAAGAUGUUCUUGAGCAGCUCCCAGCUCCAUUUGAUGAAGUCCAGAUGCUAAUUACAGAAUGAGCCCUCCACAUGUUUUGCCUAUUUGGGUACAGGAGAGUAGUUAAGCCGUAAGAGCCAUCGCUCUUCUACAUACUCUUCCACCUUACCUUGGAAGAAAGAAAUGUAACAUUAUAUACUCAAGUCUCAAAUCUUUAGUCGAGAAGAUCUUUGCCUAAAGAACUUGUACAAGUAGACUCUGUAAAUGAUGACAUGGUAUGUAUCUUGAGUGUCUGUGUUCUGUGUUUGAA